ACUAGCGCUAGGCUCAUUCUCGGAAUAAUGCUACUGGGGUUCGGUGAUGUUUAUAGCACUAUGAACUGACCGGGAUCUACCUGCACACGAUGAACGAGUGUGGCUUAAGGAGGCUUCUCCUAACCCUACUCUUACUUGGAGGAAGCGCCACUGUCCAAGGCGAACCAGGGGCGGGGAAAGUCGUCUGGGAGAAAUGGAACCACGACUAUAUGAAGAACAGCAAGCGUUUUCUGUACGAUUCCUUUCCUGCAAACUUUCUAUGGGGCGUGGGGAGCUCUGCGUUUCAGAUUGAGGGAGGUUGGAAGAAGGAUGGGAAAGGACCCUCUGUCUGGGAUCUCUUCACUCACAACGAGUUUUCCAGAUUCAACAACACCACCGCGGAUAUCUCCAGCAGCAGCUACACCUUCUUGGAGAAGGACUUGGAGGCCCUUGAAUUCCUGGGUGUCUCCUCUUAUCUUUUCUCCAUCUCGUGGCCCCGCUUGUUUCCAAAUGGAGAAGUAGAAUCUGUCAACGUCAAGGGCCUCCAGUACUACAAUACACUCAUUGACUCCCUGAUCCAGAGGAACAUUACUCCCAUUGUCACCCUCUACCACUGGGACCUGCCCUUCGCAUUGCAAGAACAACACGGAGGCUGGACCAGCCAGGCUAUGGUUGACAUAUUUAACCAAUACGCCAAAUUCUGCUUUCAGACAUUUGGGGAUCGUGUUAAAUUCUGGAUCACAAUCCACAAUCCUUUCCUGAUCGCCUGGCAUGGGUAUAAAACAGGAAAUUAUCCCCCGGGACAGAGAAAUAAUCUUGCAGCUAUGUAUACUGUGGGGCACAACAUGAUUAAGGCACAUGCAAAAGUCUGGCACACAUAUGAUAAACAAUUUCGCAAGUCUCAGAAAGGUUUUGUGUCCAUCGUGUUGGGAUCCCAUUGGAUUAAACCAAAGAAUGAGAACUACAACUACAAGAAUUUCCAGAGAUCCAUGGACAUGAUGCUGGGCUGGUUUGCCAAACCAAUCUUUGUAGAUGGUGACUACCCAGAGAGCUUGAAAACACAAACCAAUCCUUCUCUGCCUAUGUUCACUGAUAAAGAAAAGUACUUCAUCAAUGGAACUGCAGACUUCUUUGCAUUCUCGUUUGGGCCAUAUAACUUCCGAUUAUUGGAAGAUACUCUCAAACUUAAAGAUCAUCUAUCGCUGCACCUUGGACAAGUCUUGAACUGGAUUAAGAUGGAAUACAAUAACCCAAGGAUCUUCAUCGCGGAGAAUGGAUGGUUUUCUGAUAAUGUUGUAAAAACAGAAGACACAAUUGCUAUUUAUCUCAUGAAGAAAUUCAUAAAUGAGUUGUUAAAAGUUAUCCGCUUUGACGGAGUCAACGUGUUUGGAUACACCGCCUGGUCUCUACUCGAUGGCUUUGAGUGGCAAUUCGGCUACACCAUCGCACGAGGGUUAUUUUAUGUGGAUUUCAGCAGCAAAAAAAAAUCCAGGAUUGCAAAAUCUUCCGCCCGGUUCUACAAACAGAUCAUCGAACAAAAUGGAUUUCCGAUGACCGAGGACAGCCGCCGUGUGAAUGGACAGUUUCCGUGUGACUUCUCCUGGGGAGUUGCAGAGUCGGCGCUGCCGGUAAACAAAGCAAUCUUUUCCCCCGAGUUUGUUGAUCACAGCCUUUACAUUUGGAACUGCAGUGGAGAUCAGAAACUUUACAAAGUCAUGGGCGUGACCAAGUGGCCCCGUCCAGCUCAAUGCACUGAUUUCAGCAACUUCAAACAACACGUGGCGCUGGUGAAAAAGAUGAAUGUGACUCAGUUCAGUUUCGCCUUCAAGUGGUCCCAGAUAUUACCCCGCGGGGACCGCUCCAAUAUCAACAGAAGCAUUCUGAGUUACUACCGCUGCAUCAUCAGCGAGCUGUUAAAGCUGAACAUUGCUUCCGCAGUCACUUUGUAUCAUCCAACACACCGUGAUGUUGACGUGCCCAAACCGCUGCUGAGACAGGGAGGGUGGCUCAAUAAGCAGACGGCCGUGGCUUUCCAAGAUUACGCGAAAUUGUGUUUCCAGGAAUUUGGAGAUUUGGUUAAAUUGUGGCUCACAAUGCAUGAACCGAACAUGAACGUCGAGGGAAGCCUGGAGCCGUACAGGGCAGCACACAACAUGAUUAUCGCCCAUGCCCUGGCGUGGCAUACAUACAACAGAGACUUCAGGGACAGGUACCAUGGGCUGGUCUCACUCACUCUGCGCGCUGACUGGGUGGAGCCAGCAAACCCCUUCCUCGAAUCCCACCAGAAAGCUGCCCAGAGACUUCUGCAGUUCCACAUAGCCUGGUUUGCAGAUCCCAUUUUUAAAACUGGCGACUAUCCACACACUAUGAGAGAUUACAUCCUCAUGAAAAAUAGAAAAAAUCUCACGCGUUCAUUUUUGCUCCAUUUCAGUGGGGAGGAGAAAGAGAUGAUCAGGGGGAGUGCAGACUUUUUUGCACUGAGUCAUUUCACCACAAGGCUCAUUUACCCACUUGUGCACAAACCUAACACUGGCAGUAGGUAUGAAAUGGAUCACGACGGGAGCUUACUGAGAGACGUGACUUUGCUGACAAUCCCAUCUCCCUCCCAUCUUUUCUUCCCUUUCCCCUCCCGCCGCCACUAUCGCUCGGAGAUGGCAGUCACGCCGUCAGGGAUACGAAGGGUUCUGAAAUGGAUCAAAUUGCAAUAUGGAAAUGUGGACAUUUACAUCACGGCAAAUGGAGUUUGGGACAGUCCCGCCAUCAGCGACGAGCUUCGAAUAUAUUACCAUAAACAUUAUAUUAAUGAGGUGUUGAAAGCGCAUCUACUGGACCAAGUUAACGUCAAAGGAUACUUUGCCUUGACAUUAAAGGAUAAACAUACAAAUAAACAGCCCUCGAGAUUUCUCAAUGCUUCUGAGCCAAAGUCUUCAUUAGAAUUUUACAACAAACUCAUCAUUGCCAAUGGGUUUCCUUUGGGAACAACCAGUAAACAUUGCCCUCGCGAGAAAGACAUUCCGGUCCAAUGUCCCGUGUGUGUGUUUAUAAGAGAGAAACAAAUAUUUAUAUUUUUAGGAUCAUGUCUCCUACUGAUCGCUGUGCUGUUUGCUGCGAUUAUUAUCAUACGCAGAAGAAAAUAAAACAGUUGGGUCUUUAGCCUACAACUUCACGAAGACAUCCCUAACAAGUCGGUUUUCCAGUUCCGAUUGUGUGAACAGUUUUGCUGGAUCCAUACUAUUUAUUAUUGAAUCUCCAUCGCAAGAGUCGGGGAAAGAUAAUAUUGUAACCUCGGCAGAAAGAAAAGACAACGGAUAAAAGACGAGGUACAUGUACCAGCCGUGUGCAACGCCAACGCUUCUGAUUUCUGAAUUUCGUUUGUUGGGCCGAUGCAAAUCAUAAUUUAGGGGAGCAUUGGAAGGUUAAACUAAGUAUUUUAUCAAGAUACGUAUCAGAAUUGUAUUUUUUUUGUAAACAUCCACAUCCAGCAAUCAACUGCACCAAGUAUGUGCAGUACAUAAAUGAUGAACGGAGCUUUGCGUGGGGUUUACAGGUAGUAGCCAAGGGGAAACUUAGAUAUGGAGAUUUAGAACAUCUAACCAUACAAUGUAAUCCACUCUGUGCCCAAUGUGAAUUUACUGGUCAAUAAAUACUUAACCGAAGGUAUAGACACAAAAAGCUGGAGUAACUCAGCGGGUCAGGCAAUAUCUCUGGAGAAAAUGAAUAGUCGACGUUUCGGGUCGAGACCCUUCUUCAGACCGAGAUGUCUUAAGUAUUUUAUCUUUACGGGUUGGCUAAGGCUAUCCCGGCACAGAUGUCCACAAUUCGAUGAUUAUACACAGGGUUACUAUAAUGCGUCGAUCAUUAAGGUCCUACAUCAAAAACAGUCAGCUAAAAAGCGGUGAAGAUUGCGUUGAGGUAUUACCACUAGCAUCCACCGAUGGAAAGUAAUAAACAGCUUACGGUAAAGUUGUGGUUUGAUGCCGUCCAUGGUGCUCACUGAAGUAUCCCCGAAUACGUUUAAAAAUGAUCGAAUCCUAGGCAUAAUGAUUUAAAAUUCCCAAUAUUGGAGCCCCAAAUAAAAAUUUGUGCAAAGAUUUUGCGUUUUACGCGAGACGAAGGAGAAAUCUGAGUCAGCCAAUAUUUAAACAGUAAUUGGACAUUAUUAAACAGCGUUAAAUCAUACAACAAUCGGUCCACCAGUAGCCGAGCAGAGGACAUCCGAUUUAUUCAGCCGAGUAAUCGAAACAUCCAAAAUUUUAAUCAGAAACUGUGAGAUUCACUUCCGAUGUUCAGAUGUCAUUUAAUUUCACUAACCUCAUUUGGCUGAAUUGUUAGUCGUGUUUUAUGGGCCGUGAAGUGGAGAUGUCAGUGAAAUAAAAUCGCUUAAACCAUUGCUCGUUGGGAAUGAAGUGAAAAAGAAACCGUGUGUGUAUCAAUUCAGUUUCAUACAUCUUCACAGAAGUAGGUUCUAUCUGGAAAAUGUAAUUUUGAAACUUGCAGAGUAUGACCGACGUAUUCCUUUAUAUGAAAUAAAAUAAAUUAUUUUAAUCAAAACGAG